UUGGUUCUUACUUUUAGAACCAACGAAUCAACGUCAAGUGUUGACAAGACGAUAACUGAGCGCUUUCUCUGCUGAACGCGGCCAAUGGCAACUUAAAUCAUAUCUCGCAUACUCUUCAAUCUUGGUAUAGAGAACUAUUGCUGAAUUUUAAACCGGUGAUAGUGUUUGGCACUAUUACACACGGAAUUCAUUAGAGAAUAUUUCAAUAUUUUCUAAGAAAAUGCCGGGUUGCUGCGUGCCUGGUUGUAGUAAUUCAACCGCUAAAGGAUUUUCAAUGAGAAGUUUUCCUACAGAUCGCGAACGGAAAGCGUUAUGGAUUACCAAUAUUGGUAUAGCAAAUUGGGAACCUAAAACAAAUAGUCGCAUAUGCGAAAUACAUUUUUCUAAGGAUAUGUGGGAAAAAGUCCGAUGUGAUGGUAAACGGAAAUUAAAAUGUAAUGCUGUACCCACAAUUUUCCCUUCUUAUCAACGGGAUAAAAAUAUUUUGUUCGACAAUCAUGAUAAAGGUGAAAAUGAUAUUGACAGUGAUAAUUUGGUGGGUGAUAAAAAAAGUAAUAUAAAUUUGCUUCCAAUAUCGCAAGCUUAUCUAAAUGCAUCUAUGUCUACAAACCUGGAAGAAGAAAUAAAUUGGAAAAAACAAUGUGAGGAAUUAAGAGAUUUAUUGAGAAAGAGUGAACAAACGUGUAAAAGACUUCAAAAUACCAUGAAAAGACGCGAAGAAAUGUUCAAUAGAAUAAUAGUAAAAAGUGAUAGAUAUAGAAGAAUUUUGAAGGAACGUUUAAAAAGAUUGAGAGAAAGCAAUCAAAAUUAUGAGAAAUUGAGAAUUAAUUUAGAAAAAGUCUUCAAAAAAGAUCAAAUUAUAAUUCUUAGUGGAGAUGAUUGUAAAUACGAGGCAAUUAUGCGAGCUAUUGACUCGAGACAUACAUGAGGCAAUAACAAAAUAUAGUAAAAUAAUCACUAUUUAUGAACAGAAAAUGUUAUAUAUAUAAGGAAAUUUAUAAAAUUGAAUAAGUUCUUGUUACAAAAGAUCUUAUUUUGUAAAUAACUUUUCUUAUAUUUUCCAUAUAUGUACCAGUUUAAAAUAAUUUACGCAAGAUAAAAAUACAAAUAAAAUGCACUUAAUUUAUUAUGUUA